AUGGCUGUAGCUCUGCCUAUGGAAUCCAACCCCGAGACAAUGAACAAGUACUUGGAAAAGUUGGGUGUGUCUGAAAAAUGGCGGAUGGUUGACGUGAUAGGUUUAGAAGACGAUGCCCUCAACUGGGUCCCACGGCCUGUUCUAGCCGUAGUCUUGCUGUUCCCACUCUCCGACGCCUACGAGAAGCAUCGCCGCGACCAAGAGAAUGACAUCCAAACCAAAGGCCUUCAAGCUCCCAAAGAUGUGUUCCAUUUGAAGCAAGUUCUUAGCAAUGUGUGUGGAACUAUAGCCUUAGUACACAGCGUCGCCAAUAACAUUCAUGACAUUGAACUAAAUGACGGACUUUUGAAAAAUUACAUCAAGGAAGCCAAGGACCUCGACGCGACCGCUAAAGGGGCACUCCUGGAGAAUUCCGCUGCAAUUUUGAACGCCUAUAGAGAUAUAGUGCGCACGGGAAACGAGCCAGGCACAGAGGUCGAGGAAACUGUCAACAAUCAUUUUGUUACUUUCAUCCAUAAGGAUGGGCACUUGUUCGAGUUGGAUGGACGCAAGUCUUUCCCUAUAAACCAUGGCGCUACCACUCCAGAACGUCUCCUAGAAGACGCCGCGAAGGUGUGCCGUCAAUUCAUCGAACGGGAACCGGAUAAUAUCGGCUUCAAUGUAGUAGCUCUGGUGCCUGCCCAGUAAUAUUUCCCAUUUA